AUGCAUUUUCUGCUCCUCUUGUUCUUGGGGCUGCUGCAAUUAGUCUCUGCAGCCAGAUCCGGCACCUAUUAUGCCGGCUGGCCCGUCGGUGAUAGCACAUGGAAGACAACCGAUACCGUCUUUCAGCGAGAGACGGGCAUCUCCAGGUACCGCCUGUUCCAGGCUGACGGACUGAUUUAUAAGUAUCAGCUCGACUUUGAAGUCACCGAAAGACAAGGCGAAUACGCAAGUACCUACGUGUUUUUUGACUCAGAAGGGGACGAGUAUUACAAGAUGGUCUUUGUCACCGGCACUCAUACCCUCAACUUUAAUAGUGGGGACCCUUAUAUUCAGCAGGUCAAGGUUAUCGAGGAUUAAAUGACCUCCCCGUUCGUGCAGGAUUGAAUAAGCUGAUUUCUUGCCUUAUUGGCCCUCCAAUUCUGGCACAUAUCACCAGACAGUGUGCUUUAGUUUGAUACUAGUGGAACGAGAGGAAUUUCUUUGGUAUGUUCGAAUGCCGAAUGGUGGCCACAGUGGAAGAUAGUCCAAG